CUCUCUCUCACUUUCUCUCCUUUGAAUCGUCUUCAAAAACCCAUCUUUUUGAUCUCACACUUUGGUCUUUCUCCUUUUGUUUCUCUGUUCCUUCUCCUCCUUUGGCCUUUGGCUUCAACACAUCUUAUCUCUUGUUGUUGUUCUUCUUCAAAGCUCACUGCUUUUCUAUUACCCCCCCCCCCAGUUGGUGACUGCUUCAGUGGGGUAUAAACAAAGCUAACCGGUAUGCCUAUAAGGCAAAUGAAAGAGAGCUCUGAGCAACAUCUUGUGAUAAAGAAUCACUUGCAAAACACCAUGAACUCAGUCCAAAGAGCACCAAAAACUGCACAAAAUGGCAAAGGUCCACCACCAUCUCAUGAAUCCCACAACACAAAACAACCCCAUAACCAAGCCUCACCUCCUUUAUCAAAGAAUAGAGGAAGAAGACGAGGAAGAGGUGGUAAAAAAUCUGAUCAACUAGAUGUAUGUAUGAGACCAAGCUCAAGGCCUUGUACUGUAGCACAUAAACCAGCGAAUCAAGCUUCAAAUGGGUCUAUUCAGAAUGGUCAUGACUCAAGUGGAAUGGAAAUGGGGUUCCCUACUUCAAGCAAGUCUUUGAAUUUUGCACCUAGGCCUGGUUAUGGUCAAGUUGGGACAAAGUGUAUUGUGAAGGCUAACCAUUUCUUUGCAGAGUUACCAGACAAGGACUUGAACCAGUAUGAUGUCACAAUAACUCCUGAAGUGGCAUCCAGAAUGGUUAACCGAGCUAUUAUCGCGGAACUUGUGAGACUCUACAAAGAAUCCGACUUAGGAAUGAGACUGCCGGCUUACGACGGUAGAAAGAGUCUGUACACGGCCGGUGAACUUCCUUUUGCAUGGAAGGAGUUCACCAUCAAGCUUGUCAGUAAGGAGGAUGGCAUCAAUGGCCCCAAAAGAGAAAGAGAAUACAAAGUGGUACUAAAGUUUGUUGCCCGAGCAAACAUGCAUCAUUUAGGCCAAUUUCUAGCUGGUAAGCGUGCUGAUGCUCCACAAGAAGCGUUGCAAAUUCUUGACAUUGUGUUACGAGAGUUAUCUUCAAAGAGGUACUGUCCUAUUGGGAGAUCCUUCUUUUCGCCCGAUAUUAGAGCACCACAAAGGCUUGGUGAUGGUUUGGAGUCCUGGUGUGGUUUUUACCAGAGUAUUAGGCCUACUCAGAUGGGCUUGUCUUUGAAUAUCGAUAUGGCUUCGGCUGCAUUCAUUGAGCCGCUCCCUGUAAUAGAGUUUGUUGCUCAGCUUCUAGGCAAGGAUGUACUAUCUAGGCCAUUGUCCGAUUCUGAUCGUGUGAAGAUUAAAAAGGCACUCAGAGGAGUUAAAGUUGAAGUGACACAUAGAGGGAAUGUACGAAGAAAAUACCGUGUUUCAGGAUUGACUUCUCAGCCCACUAGAGAACUAGCGUUUCCCGUUGAUGACACAACCAUGAAGUCCGUUGUUGACUACUUCCAAGAGAUGUAUAGCUUCACAAUUCAACAUGCACAUCUACCUUGCCUUCAAGUGGGAAACCAGAAGAAGGCAAAUUAUUUACCUAUGGAGGCAUGCAAAAUUGUUGAGGGACAGAGAUAUACGAAACGAUUGAAUGAGAGGCAAAUUACUGCCCUCUUGAAAGUCACAUGCCAAAGACCACGAGAUAGGGAAAACGAUAUUUUGCAGACAGUUCAACAUAAUGCUUAUGAUCAAGAUCCUUAUGCAAAGGAGUUUGGGAUCAAAAUUAGUGAAAAACUCGCUUCGGUUGAGGCUCGUAUCCUUCCCGCCCCUUGGCUGAAAUAUCAUGAAACUGGAAAAGAAAAAGAUUGCUUGCCUCAAGUGGGGCAGUGGAAUAUGAUGAACAAGAAAAUGAUCAAUGGAAUGACUGUAAGCCGAUGGGCGUGUAUUAACUUCUCACGGAGUGUGCAAGAGAGUGUUGCUCGUGGUUUUUGCAAUGAACUUGCUCAAAUGUGCCAAGUUUCUGGCAUGGAAUUCAAUCCCGAGCCUGUUAUUCCGAUCUACAGCGCCAGGCCUGAGCAAGUGGAAAAAGCUUUGAAGCAUGUCUAUCAUGCAUCCAUGAAUAGAACUAAGGGAAAAGAACUAGAGCUUCUAUUAGCUAUACUGCCUGACAACAACGGCUCCCUUUAUGGUGAUCUCAAGCGAAUUUGUGAAACUGAUCUAGGACUAAUAUCACAAUGCUGUCUGACAAAGCAUGUCUUCAAGAUCAGUAAACAAUAUCUAGCUAAUGUGUCCCUUAAGAUCAAUGUUAAGAUGGGUGGCAGAAACACGGUACUCUUGGAUGCUAUCAGCUGCAGAAUACCAUUAGUUAGUGAUAUACCAACCAUAAUAUUUGGAGCCGAUGUGACUCACCCUGAAAAUGGAGAAGACUCGAGCCCCUCUAUAGCAGCAGUAGUAGCUUCACAAGACUGGCCGGAAGUGACAAAAUAUGCCGGACUAGUUUGUGCUCAAGCUCAUAGACAGGAACUCAUACAGGACUUAUACAAAACGUGGCAGGACCCUGUACGUGGCACUGUCAGUGGCGGCAUGAUCAGGGAUCUUCUCAUAUCUUUUAGGAAGGCAACCGGACAGAAACCACUGAGGAUAAUAUUUUAUAGGGAUGGUGUGAGCGAAGGACAAUUUUAUCAAGUUCUACUCUACGAGUUGGAUGCUAUCCGGAAGGCCUGUGCUUCUCUAGAACCGAACUAUCAACCACUGGUGACUUUCAUCGUUGUACAAAAACGACACCACACUCGAUUGUUUGCUAAUAAUCACAGGGACAGAAGUAGCACUGACAAGAGUGGAAACAUUUUGCCUGGCACCGUUGUUGAUUCGAAAAUCUGUCAUCCAAAAGAAUUCGACUUUUAUCUUUGCAGCCAUGCUGGUAUUCAGGGAACAAGUCGUCCAGCACACUACCAUGUUCUUUGGGACGAAAACAAUUUUACCCCAGAUGGAAUUCAGUCUUUAACAAACAAUCUCUGCUACACGUAUGCAAGGUGCACACGCUCGGUCUCCGUCGUUCCUCCUGCAUAUUAUGCACAUUUAGCUGCAUUCCGAGCACGAUUCUACAUGGAACCAGAGAUGCAAGACAAUAGCUCAACGGGCGGUGGUACGAAGGUGGCAGGAGAAUCCGGGGUGCGGCCGUUGCCGGCCUUGAAGGAGAACGUGAAGAGAGUAAUGUUCUACUGUUAGAAUGACAGUCAGCAAUGGAAAGUGAGGUGGGAGAUGCAGCAAUCAUGAACAGCUUUUCUUGUCAAAAUUUUCCUGUGUACAGUUAACGGUUCGUGAAUGGUUUAGGUCACCGGGGAUUAGAAAGUUGGUCCGGUCCGUUAACCUUUAGUUCGGUUUUCCUAGAUAAAGAGAAAGUAGAGAAAGGGAUAAUGGCACCGUUUCCCCCCUGUACUUUAAUCAAACUUUCAUUAUCAUCUUUCAACUUUAAAAA